GUUUAUUUGAUAGUGACAGUGAUGGUGAUAGUUUAGUUUUCUGUCUUGGAUUAGAAUGUACAAAAAAAUGGAUACUCACUUGAUCAGUGUCAUCAUCCUGUUUAUUUUCGUGAAAGUUGUCUUCUCGGGUUCCGAUCUCCAACAACUCAACUCUCACCAAGAUGGUUUGAACCCACUGAAUGACGAAGAUUCCGACACCACGACCAAAGACCAAGACAAAAGAACCAUCUUCAACCCUCCCAUACAAAACUACGCAUGGGCUAAACACGUAGGAGUAAAACCUACCGGACAAAAAUACGUGAUAGGCUACGGUGCAGUUGAUCUGAAAUACAGACCAGUAUUGCGGCCGAUAUCCAUCAGACACCCAGGAUACCACUAUAACAAACCAAAAAUCCAUCUUCACCUCAGAAAACCAGUUAUACACAUACCGCAAGUGAGACCUGCUUUGCACUCAGAUUGGAGACCGGUGGUUAAACCUCUGCCACAACUAGUGAGGCCUUUUGUUCCGAUACAUGUGCCGCCUCCGGCUCAUCUUUUGACCAAACCGGCUAGGCCUGUACACGAAGAUCAUCUUCAUUUGAACCCUGUUCCUCAUAUCGAUCACGUAGAAAAAAUACCGGCGGUGCAUGUGGAUCAUAUUCAUCAACUACCUCACGAACAUAAAGUUCACGUACACCCCGCUCCAGUUCAGCACGUGCAUUCUGUGCCAGUCCAACAUGUAGACCACGUUCACGUAGUUCCAACGCCUGUACACUCGGUUGCCGUACAUCCAGCACCGGUACACCCUGUACCAGUAAAUCCUACACCAGUGCAGCCAGUACCGGUGCAAACAGUACCAGUUCAUUUUAGUCAUGUGCAGCCAGUACAACAGGUGCGGCCAGUACAACAGGUACAACCUGUACAUCUUCAGCCAGUACAGCAGCUACAACCAGUUCAACAAUUACAACCGGUGCAACAAUUGCAGCCAGUACCAGCUACGUUUUUACCGUCGCCUCAGAUUUUUGAAGUUACUAAGCCCGACCUAGGGGUACUACCGUUUGGUGCCGUAUUCCAAAGCCCUGUACUUAGAGAUGUUCCUGCCCCACAAUUCAAGCCUGCAUUGAUUUCGCAGCCCCUGUAUCCCUCACAGCAUCUCCAGCCCGUACACCCAGUUCAUCCUGUAGCUCCUGUUCAGUCUGUAAUACCUGCGCAUCCAGUAUUUCCUGCGCAACCUGUGGCUCCUGUGCAUCAUGUAGCUCCUGCUUCACCUAUAGUUCCUACACAUCCAUUAGCAGGGGUACAUCCAGUUGCUUCUGGGCGACCUGCAGUUCCUUUUCAUCCAGCAGUUACCCAAGUCCAGUAUCAUGGCUCUACAAACUUCAUCAACCUGCUGAGAGGACAAACGCCUACAGUUCCACAAGCUGCUGUCAAUGCUGCACAUCCUCUGCUACCGAAUCACUAUAACUUGCACUAUCCUCAGAUUCCACAGGAUCAGCAUGAUGUUCCUGUAGUACCUGGUACUAAUGGAAUUUUCCCAAACCAGCAGCAGCUGCCUCUGGAUACACAGCCCCAAUUUCAAGCUGCCGGGCAAAACGUUUUUCAGCAACAGCUACCUCAGGGUCAAGGUCAUUUCCAAGUAGAUCAGGGGCAUUUCCAGUUGACUCAGGAGCAAAGUAAUUUUCCUACAGACCAGGGGCAUUUUCAGUUGCCCCAGGGACAAAGUAAUAUCCAAACAGAGCAAGGACAUUUUCAAAUAGAUGACGGGAGAUUUCUGAUUGGUCAGGGUAAUUUCCAGCAAAGGUUGCCCCAUGACAAUGUUCAGCAGACAUCUCCCCAGAAUAAUGUCCAACAUAUACCAACGCAAGGAAAUCGACAGCCCGAAAUCAAUGUUCAGGUGAUCCGCCCUGAUAACUAUGAUCAGAGUUCUGAGAACGAGUAUCAGCAGGAUCAGCAAGUAAACUACCAGCCAGCCAGUGAAGUGAGCAGUCAGCACUUUUUCAGACAGGGACAGUUCCAAAUAGGCGAGCAAGAUGAUAAUCGAGGUUACUUCUAUCAACAGCCGAGUGAUGUGGAAGACACUAGGCAGGGUGGUUCCAUACAGCCUGGCCAGAGCGAUUUGCAGCUUCCUCUGCAUUUGCCGCAGCAUCCCAGCUUUAAGAGCGGUCGACAGGUUCAGCAGGACAACUAUCAAGAUGCGUCACAAUUGCAGGAAAAUAUUUUUAGGCCUUCUAUUCAGUUGGAACCCCCUUUUAAGAAAUAACUUGUAGGUUGUUUUCGAUUUGUUAAUUUUAUUGUUGUUUUAUGUAAAUAAGAUGUAUAUAUUUUGUGUUUGUUGAAGAUGAUAUUACUAUUUAUUCUCUGCAGUUAUUGGAUAAUUUAUAAAAAUUAAAGAAA